AUGCAGGAUCUCGGGCGCUUAAACAAGCGGCUUAGCACAGCAACGGCGUCCACGCCUGCAGACCGUGUGGCAGAGCUCGACGGGCAGAUAAAGCUUGUCGUCAGUUUGCGAGAGGAGGUUGAGAAGGGCCUGAGCCAGCUGGAGGAUGCAAGCGAGUCUCUGGCCAACGUAGCUGCGACGAGUGCUCAAGCAGCUCAAGCCGCCCGCUUCCGGGAAACUCAUCAGGAGAUGCUUCGGGACUUCAAGAGAGUGGCCCAGAGCAUUGACCAACAGUACCAGCAUGCAAGGUUGCUACCGCAGGCCAGAAAUAACCGGUCCAGUGAUGACGCUGAAGACGGCUUGAUGCGAGAACGAAUGGGCUUGAAUUCCUCCUUGUCCAUGGCGGAUGAGAUCAUUGGACAAGCUACUGCUACGCGAGACAUGUUGAUGAACCAACGCAAUGUCUUGGACGGUGUUGGUGCCAGAGUUGGAACAUUGAGCUCCAUGUUUCCGGGAAUCAACACGCUGAUAGACAAGAUUACGGACAGGAAGAACAAGGAACGCAUGGUGCUGUCGUUAACUGUUGCGUCUUGCUGCUUCUUCACCAUCUGGUACAAGUUUCUCUGA